AUGAAUCCGUUUAAAACAUCCCUCUUCGACAACUUCACCUUCAAAUGGCUGCGCUGGCGUGCGCCAACCGGCCCCCUCCAACCCCUCCCCGACGGCGUCGACCGACUGUUCGUUGAAACCCCCGGCGGCAACAUCGAAGUGCUCUAUGCGCGCCCAACCGCGCCGCUCCCCGAUGCCGACGCCCCGUCCCUCUUCUUUGUGCACGGCGGCAUGGGCGGCGCCUGGGUCUGGCUGGAGUACCUGCAGUUCUUCGCCGCCCGCGGCAUCCCCUGCUACGCCGUCUCCCUGCGCGGCCACGGCGGCAGCUACUACCCGUCGUACCUGCGCAUGGUGUACGCGACGACCAAGAGGAUGCUGGCGGACGACGUGCUGGCCGCGCUGCGCUGGGUCCAGGCGCGCGAGGGCGGCAGGGAGGUUGUGCUCGUUGGCCACUCGAGCGGCGGCGGGUUGGCCCAGUUUGUCUUGUCGGAGAAGGAGGCGAGGGUGAAGGCGCUCGUCCUGCUGGCGUCGGUCCCUGGGUCUGGAUCUGAUAGCGAUGAUGUCUACCUGAAUUGGAUGAAUCUAGAUCCGUGGUUUCUCCCGAGGAUGAUAUUGCACCUCUGGCACCCUAACUCGCCACUGUCCCACCCGGCAUUGACGCGGAGAGCAUUCUUUAGCAACGAGCAAACUGACGCCUACAUUGAGGCGUUCCAGGACAAGGUUUGCCCUUACGAAAGUAUUGUUUGGGCAUUGGGGAUGACGAAGCCCUUCGUAAACCAGCAGAAUGUGCUCUCACAGAUCACCGACUGGGACAGCGGCCAGAGAGUUAUGAUUAUGAGUGGCGAGUUGGACAGGAUAAUGACGUUUUUCGUCAUGCGCGACCUCGUGAAAACGUAUCGUGCGACCUUCAGGAGCAUGAUACGGCAGAAACAGCGGCAGUGCGAGGAUACCGAGAUCGUUCCCGUUGUUUGGGAAGAAGACAAAGAUAACAGCGGCCAUGGUGUCAGGUAUUGCGACGUCCCGAUGGUCGGACAUCAUAUGCAAAAUGAUGUGGACUGGGAGGUGGGCGCUGGGAAGUUGUUGGCUUUCUAUGAGCAGCUAUGA